CGUCCGUCAACAGGCAAGCUCAUGGAGACUGGAGACUGUGUUGUGGGCAUUUGAAGCUGCCGUGUUUCUCAAUCAGUGGCUCAAUCAGUAUCCUGCUGCUGGGUUUUCUGUUGAAGAAGAUGAGGCCUAUCAACGUGCAGCCAAAUUGCUUGGCAUGGCCACAUCAUCUCUGCUAGAUGUCGAAGAUCUGCCGGGUAAACCUGAUGCAAGAACACUGGCUUGGUCGACUUUGAAAUUCUGGGGGAGCGUCUUGCAAGGGAUCGAGACAAAAGCAUUCGCAACACGUUUGGGGAAAACUCUUGACAUCUUGGCUGAGUUUCAGAGAGAGUCUCCCGUAACUCCACAUUGAAUCAAAAGAUACUCUCCAUCUUGAAGACGAACCUUCAACAGGGCUUUGACACACAAAGUACCCAUUUAAUCCGUCAUAGAG